AUGGCCGAUAAUAAGCCCCCAACAAAUGCAAACUCAAAAGAAGAUGUCUAUCAGUUUCUCAAAACGAUAGAGAAUUAUUCACAAUCGACUUCCAACGCAACCCCAAAUGCGAGUGGUCCAGGCGGAAGUGCCCAGGCAGCAGACACGAGAGCCGUGUUUGAGUUCCUUGAUCAAUUCUCCCAAACAAAGCCAACUGCAGCUACACCUCCAAACAGUACUGGGACAGGGACGACUGUUGCUACUGGAAAGAAAAUAGAGGGGAAUAGAACGGAAGUAAAAUCGGUACAAGCACAACUACAGCAACAGCCCUCACAAGAUCAGCAGCCUCCACAAAAACAAGCCUCUCUUACAGAAACUAUAGGAGCCGGCUGGGCGUGGAAUAACUUACUCGCAACGGCGACAACUGCAUACAAAACAGCUUCUACGGUUGUAGACUCUUCUGUCAAGGGCGCGCUUGCUACUGUUGAAACCGUACGCGCCAACGAAACUACUAAGAAAUUUGAAGAGCGUGUGAGGGAAUAUGUCAACAAAGAAGCCAUCGAAAAAAUCGGCACCGAUCUCAAAACGUUGAGCCUAUCAACACUCACAACAGUCGUUAACGUUGUAGCACCUCCAAUCGCCGAGCACGAAGUGGUUGAAGUAUGGCUUACGCACGAUAUGGUUGGUUAUGUCGGAUUGGAAUCGAUAGUUUAUCAUGCGUUUAUGAGAAUCAUGGAGCAAGUAGAAGGUGGCGAUAUUCUGGUUAGAAAAGGUAGCGAAGUCAAGCAACGGGAUGCUGUAGAUGAAGGAGGAAAAGACUUGAAUGUUUGUGAAGGAUUUGCUGAAGCGAUUGGAAUUGCAAAGGUGAACAAAUGUUGUGUUGGAGAGAAUAGAGAGGAGAUUGAAGAUUUGAAUUCUAUUUUCUUCCUUCAGUACUUUCACUUACCCGCUAUCUAUCUCCUUCAUCAGGCAAACAUUGAACAAACAAUCAAACAUCAUUUUAUUCCACAUCCAACCUCGACCUUCUUUCCCCCGGAUCACCCACCAUUGUCCCCCCUAUCACCCGAUGCUCCUCCUGUCACUACAUGUCCAGUCUUUAUGGCCAUUCAACCAACCAAAGCCUCACCCAUUCCUUCGUUGGAUGGCGAAAAUGAGAAUAAGUAUCUCUAUUACACAGUCGUACUAAACGAUCCUACUCAUCAUCUUAAUUUCUAUACAUUCUCUCAAUCACUUCCUAUAUCAUGGUUGGAGAUUCCGUAUGCAGAUAAUGAGUGGGUUGAGGAGAAGAUGAUCGAAGCUAUUCGGUUGGCAGUGACGUGUGUUGCACAGGAUUAUGUUUGGCAUCGAAUGAAAGAUGAUGAUAUUGAAAAGAAAGAUGGGGAAGUGGUAGUGAAUGAAGCGAAAGAAGGAGACUAA